AUGGUGGAAAGUGUGUGCAUUAAAAGAAUAAAAGAGCUGCUGGGCGAGCUGUGUGAAUACUCCCUGCAGAUAAUGCCCCCGCAGGAGAUGGAUGUCCAUCCGUGCGACUGGCUUGGAGAGGACAUGCAGAGAGCAGUGGAGGCUAUUGAGUCGCUUCGAAACAGUUUGCUCUCCCAAGUAGAUGCUAAAAAGGCCAAAAUACAGCAGAUGGAAGAAGAAAAAAGGACAAUGCUUUCAGCUCUUGAAGAAAAGAGCGAAAAGCCAGAAGAAGACGGCCUUUGGAUCUAUGAGAAGAGCUUGUAUACAAGAGAGUCUGUGCUUGCAAAAGAUCUCGCAGAGCUGCACAUCAGAUACGAGGAACAGAAAGAAAAGUUCAGCCAGAUCGCAGAAAAGAUAAAAAAUAAAAAGAGCGAGCUGGCAGAGUACUUGGAGAACGAAGAAGAGUGCACUGCCGUGCUGCAGGAGCAAACAGUUACCAAGCAGCUGAUAGAAAGAGCAGAAACACUUCUCGCAGAACUAGAAAGAAAAACAGAGGAAAUAAGAGCAAAAACAGAAGAAAAGAUAAAAAGCGCCAAUGCCAUUCUAGCUUCGCUUGGGCUCCGAGCUGAAAAAGACUUUUCAAGCACUGCAGAGCUGUUUGAUGAAAUAAGCCAAUUGGAAGCGCAUCUUGAAGAAAUAUCAUCAUCUGUUGAGUCGUAUAACUACACAAUGAACAAGAUAGAUGUAUCAGACAGCUUUACCAAGACAGCUAGCCCAUCAGUCAAGCAAGAGAAACAAACCCUUGCAAAAAUUGCACCAACUAUACACUUAAAGAGCUAUACCGAAAUAUCUAGCAAAAAUAGAAUAGUCAGUGGCCUAAGCAUGGAUAUACCGAGCAGUAAAAAUGGUGAAGCAUUUGGAGUGAUCAGCAGUUUGCCAUACUCCUGUGCAAAAGACCUAGAAGAGAAACUGGUAAGAAUAGUAAGAAUGUCUGAAGAGAUAGACUGUCUCCUCAAGAACAGGCUUACAUUCCUAUCGAACAGAAUGGAAGUAUCAGCAAAGAGUGAUUUAUCUGGUGUAACGCCUAUUUGGAGGAUAAUUGUGCAAAAAGAGUGGAUUGCUCAAAUAGAGCAGGAGUACAAGCAGAAAAUAGAAGAAAUAUUCACAGAGCAGAAGAACAAUCUAGAAACAGUCCUGGCUAGCCUGAAAAGCAUAACGGAGGAAGAAGCUGUAUAUGCGCCUCUUCCACGGGAAAUAAAAGAGCUGAAAUUCACAGAACAGGAAGACAUUCUCCUGGAACUGGAAAAACAGACAAAAGACGCAGAAGAGGAAUAUUCCAUACUGAAAAACAUUGAGGCCUUCGUCAAGGAGAGAAAAGAGCUGCUCCUAAAAAUGUCCGCAUUUGAGGAACAGGCAAGCGACCCGAGGAGACUAUUCAGGAGCUCAUUCCAGCUCAACUCGGAAGAGAAGUUCAGGAAGAUGGCAGUGCCCACUCUUCUGCGAGUAGAAAAGGAGAUAUUUGCGCUAUCAGGCAGCUACUCCGAGAAGUUCGGCAAGCCUGUGCAGAUAAAAAGGAAAGAGAUAGUCACAGACCUAAAAAAUGAGAUAUCCAAUCGAAUAAUCAAUGCAAAUACAUUUAUGACGGGAAGACAGAGGCCCAUUGACAAGCCCAUUAUCAAGUAA